AUGAGGCUUCUGAGAUUGAGUUUAGCUGUGCGACGGCCUCAAUUGGCCUCGAUGAGGGAAAGACUCUCCCUUGGGACACGCUGGUCUUCCACGCAGAGUAACAGCCAGCGGCCUCUGGGCUACGCAGUGGCUGGAGCUGUUGUUGGAGGACUGAUAACUGCGUCUGCUGUAUCCUAUGGCCUCUUCCAAUCACCAGCUGCAGAGACAGCACCAAAAUGGAAGGACAAGGAUUUCAAGCAGACCGCAGUCGACGAAAUUCGAAGUAUUCUAGGCAACGACGCCGUCAGCGUCGACUCUCACGAUCUAGACGAGCACGGCUACUCUGAGUGGUCCACCUCCAACACAGAUGUCCGCCCAGUAGCCAUCGUGCGACCCAAUUCGACCGAAGAAGUUUCGAGCAUCGCAAAAAUCUGCACGAAAUACAAAGUUCCGAUGGUUCCGUACGGCGCAGGAUCGAGUGUCGAAGGCAACUUUAGCUCUCCGUAUUCUGGCGUCUGUCUCGAUCUUUCGGGCAUGAACAACAUUGUUGCUUUUCACCCUGAGGAUAUGGACGUUGUGGUACAAGCUGGUGUCAACUGGACAAACUUGAAUGAUGAGAUAAAGCAUUCGGGAUUGUUUCUUCCGCUUGAUCCUAGCCCGACUGCGUUGGUUGGAGGAAUGAUUGCGACAAACUGCAGCGGCACCAACGCGAUGCGGUACGGCACCAUGAAGGACUACGUGGUAAACCUCACAGUGGUUCUAGCAGAUGGAUCUGUCAUCAAAACGCGGCAUCGGCCUCGAAAGACGUCAGCUGGGUAUAACCUCACUGGUCUGUUUACAGGCUCCGAGGGAACUCUCGGUAUCAUUACCGAGGCGACGUUAAAGUUGGCUAUUAUUCCGGAGAGCUUUAGUGUUGCUAUUGCUACUUUUUCUACGGUCAAGGAGGCGGCUGAUGCUGCUUUCAAGAUGAUGAGGAGGGGUGUUCCACUUGCUGCUCUUGAGUUGAUGGAUGAUGUGCAGAUGAAGGUUAUUAACAAGAGCGGAGGAGCUGGAGGUAGAAUGUGGGAAGAGAGGCCUACACUGUUUCUCAAGUUUUCUGGGUCAGAAAAGGGUGUUGAGGACAACAUUCGGCUGGCACAGGAGAUUACCAAGUCUAAUGGUUGCCAUGCAUUCGAAUCAGCCAACACGGAAGAUCAGAUGCAGUCUCUCUGGUCUGCUAGGAAGCAAGCUCUCUGGGCAAACCUCGCUGUUCGACCUGAAGGAACUCAGAUCUGGUCCACUGAUGUUGCGGUGCCUUUGUCCCGAAUGGCAGAGUUGAUAGAAAUCUCCAAGGAGAGGGCGAGCAAGCUGGGUUUGUACAACAGUGUCCUCGGGCACGUGGGAGAUGGAAACUUUCACCAGGUGGUAAUGUACAACCCUGAUGUUGAGAAACAGCGAAAGGCAGUCUCAGAUUGUGUCGAUUCGAUGAUGGUGAGUGCUCUGGAGAUGGAAGGCACAGUGUCAGGCGAGCAUGGAAUCGGACUUGGAAAGAAGCAUUGUCUGCAAAAGGAGCUCGGUCCGGCGACGAUUGGGGUUAUGAGAGCACUCAAGGAGACGUUGGAUCCGCAUUGGCUUCUCAACCCGGGCAAGGUGUUUGAUAAGUGA